AUGGCGAACGACGACGUGACCGGGGGCUCGGGCUCCGGGGCGCUCCGCGAGGACAUGAUCUCCAACGCGGUCGCCUUCCUCAAGCACCCGCAGGUCACGUCCAGCCCCGAGGCACAGAAGAGACAAUUCCUGGAGAAGAAGGGCCUGAGCGCCGAGGAGAUCGACGAGGCGUUCAAGCGCGCGCCGCAGCCCGCGCCCGCGCCCGCGCCCGCUUCCCCCGUCGCGCCCCCCGCCGCGUCCGUCUCUCCCGCGAGGGACGACGCCGAGCCCAAGAGCGGCGGCGGCGGCGGGUUGAGGUGGACGCAGGUGGUGUCGCGCACCGCGAUGGCCAUCGGCGCGCUGGGCGUGCUCACCCGCGGGUUCAACCGCGGCGGGGCGGCCGGAUCCGCCGGCGCGGGGAGUUCCGAUGCCCGCGCCGACGCCGACCGCGCGUCGUCCCUUCGCGAGACCGAACGCAGGCUGGAGGAGGCUCGCGUCGCCGCCGAGCGCAGCGCCAAGGAAGCCGCGGCAUCCCGCGCGCGAUCGGACGAGCUCGCGCGGUCCCUGGACGACGUCAGGGGCGCGAUGGAACGCGCCGCAGCCGCCGGCGCAAACACGCCCACCGCCGUCGCCGCCGCGCUCGACGGGAUCAAGCGCGAACUGCGCGACGAGCUGCGGGGCGUCGUCGCCGCGGCGGUCGCGGACGCCACCGCGAGUGCCAUCGCGACGACGCCGAAGGGGAGAGACGGACGGACCCCGGGGGGGUCGGAAGGAGGGGCGACGAACGACGCGAUGCCCGAGUCGGUGCGGGAGGAACUCGCGCAGAUUCGCGCGAUGCUGCUCGCGUCGCCCCUCCGCGAGACGCCGCCGCCGCCCGCCGGAGCGACCGCCGCGCCCGGGGACGCGCGAUACGCGGAUACCGCGGACGACGACGCCGACGUCCUCGUACCGCCGUCGAAGACCACCCCGAGGGCCGCGCUGGCGUCGUCGUCGUCGGCGAUUGGCCAAAAAGGGGACGAAAAGGACGUCGCCGAACCCGGGGUUGAAAAGCGGGAUCGAGCGACGCCGACGCCGCCGCCCGGGGACGCGCCGCCGCAUCCCCCGAGCUACAUGCACGUGCUGGAGAUGCUGGAGAAGGGCCAGACGCCGCCGGGGAUACGCGACAUCGACGAUAAGCCGCCCGAUCCGGACGCGAGGAUACCCGCCGCGACGAUGUCCCGCAGGCGCAAGCCGUGGGAAAAAUCGGGGGUGGCGUUGAACGGCGGCGGGGACACAGCUGGCGGCGGGGACACAGCUGGCGGCGCGUUGGGUUCGCCGCUCUCCGCGAACGGGAGCACGGUCGAGGGUGGGGUGGGCGGGUGGAGGCCGCCGUCGGUGCCGUCGAUGUCGCCGGACGUGUCCAAGGUGCUGAUGGGCAGGCACGGGGUCGGGAUCCCGGGCACGGGCGGCGGCGGAUCGCGGUCCGAUCGCGGGGGCUGGCUCGCGCCGGGGACCCCCGAGUCGGAGAUCCAGCCGGCUCCCGGGGACCUCACGCCGCUCAAGCCGUCGUUCGAUCGGUGA